CGCCUAACUGGGAUCGCGCCGGUGGUGCAUGAUUUGAUUUUAGCAGGUCCAGUCUAAGCCGAGCCGAUUUUGUUUUGUCCCUCCGCUCGUCCAUAGUCCCGAAGCAGAUACCAACCCUCGACACCAGAACCAAACCCCCCGACGCAUACGGAAGCAUAUUCCUACCAGCCGUCCCUCCGCUACUUCACUUCCAUUCACAUACACAAUGUUGGCUCUACGAAGAGUUGCCGCUGCGGCGCCUGUGGCCCGCCAAUUCUCUGCUGCCCCAAGGGCCGCAGCCACAUUUGCUUUCUCUAACCAGAGGUACUACUCGUCGCAAGGCGAGCGCGUCGCCAAGUUCACCGGCAAGAAGGAUGCCUCCGGUCGCUACCCCGUCAGCUUGAUCGAGGGUGACGGUAUUGGCCCCGAGAUUUCGGAAGCUGUCAAGCAAAUUUUCGAGGCCGCUAAGGCCCCGGUCUCGUGGGAGCCUGUUGACGUGACGCCCAUUCUCAAGGACGGCAGGACCGCCAUCCCCGAUGCCGCCAUCGAGAGCAUCGAGAGGAACAAGGUUGCCCUCAAGGGACCCCUGGCUACUCCCAUCGGCAAGGGCCACGUUUCCCUGAACCUGACUCUCCGCCGUACCUUCAACCUCUUCGCCAACCUCCGUCCUUGCCGCUCCGUCGCGGGGUUCAAGACUCCCUACGACAACGUCGACACGGUUUUGAUCCGUGAAAACACCGAGGGCGAGUACUCUGGAAUUGAGCACGUUGUCGUCGAUGGUGUUGUCCAGAGCAUCAAGCUCAUUACCCGCGAGGCCAGCGAGCGCGUGCUUCGUUUCGCUUUCCAGCAUGCCCAGGAGAUUGGCCGCAAGAAGGUCCGUGUCGUCCACAAGGCCACCAUCAUGAAGAUGAGCGACGGUCUGUUCCUUAGCGUGGGCCAGCAGGUCGCCAAGGACUUCCCUGGCAUCGAGUUUGACGCUGAGCUGCUCGACAACACCUGCCUGAAGAUGGUUACCGACCCUCUCCCUUACAACGACAAGGUCCUCGUCAUGCCCAACCUCUAUGGUGACAUUCUGUCCGACAUGUGCGCUGGUCUGAUUGGUGGUCUCGGUCUGACGCCCUCGGGUAACAUUGGUGACGAGUGCUCCAUCUUCGAGGCCGUCCACGGUUCCGCUCCGGAUAUCGCCGGCAAGGGCCUUGCCAACCCUACCGCCCUUCUCCUCAGCUCCAUGAUGAUGUUGAGGCACAUGGGUCUCGGCGAGUAUGCCGACCGCAUUGAGAAGGCCACCUUCGACACUCUGGCCGAGGGCAAGGCCCUGACUGGUGACCUUGGCGGCAAGGCCAAGACUCACGAGUUUGCUGGCGCCAUCAUUUCCAAGUUGUAAAUACCAUCAUAUAGGGAGGCAUAUUUUCGUUCUCUUUGUUUAGCUUAACAUAACAGGCAUGGUGAUGCAGGAUAAUGAAGCGCAAUUAGGGCCUAGACUGUAUCAAAAGUUCGAAUACAUUUUCAUUGCUACCGCCA